GGAGCAUGCGCGCCCUAGCAAUGCGCCGCCGCCGCCUAUACAGGUGUUCUGCUAAACAAUAAAGAUGGACGAUGGAGACUGCUGCAGUGCUGCUGUCAUCGUAUUCCCUUCGGAACGCGUAUCCGGACAAGUCUAGCGAGUCGCGAGUUUGUGUCUGCUGAGUCAGUCGCCCGUCCAAAAGUUUUUUUUUGUCUCCGGUCCACCGUCUACUUACGUACUUCAUCAAUUACGUCUUCUACUACUACUACUACUACAAUUACUACUACUAAUAACGUCUAUCACUACCACCAGAAUACUCAAACGACACGGUCGGUGCGGUGGACGUUUCGUUCGCAUACGGCGUUAUAUCUCCUUAUCAUACCGUUCGUUAUCUAUAAACGUGGUGCCGUGUCUGCACUAACCGUAUUCAUUUGUACCUUCAAUCGAGUGUAUAACGCUCGUCAUACAAUCUUGAUCGUCUACAGAAACAUUAAUCCGUUUGAACGCAAGACCGCGGUGAACGUUUGUAUUAAAACAACGUUAAAAUAUCGUUGUCUGUUGGUCGUUGCGGGUUCUUUGCAUAACUACCGGCUAUACACCGGUAAAUCGGCGAUAUCAGUAAAACUGUUAAAUUCUUUAGACAGUGUGAACAGUUGCCGGUGAUGGAGAAUUCUAAAGAGGAUCUAAUAAUUAAGAUGUCAAAGCAUUAUCCGUGUCAGGUUUUAAGAUGUGCCUGCAUUGGAUACGUGUAUGAUGAUAAUAGUAAAGAACCAGGGCUUACAUAUGAUUGUCAAAAUUGUAAACAUAAAAUAUUUGAUCAUAUCUCACAUUUGAAAAAUGAUUCAGAUAAUAAAUUAAUUGCUUUCAUGAAUUUAAUAGAAGAUUUUGAAUACAUACACACUUUAAUAGAUUGUGAAUCAAAGUUGCAUACUAGUGAUAGAAGAGGUGUUUUACUAGAACAAUGUAAAAAUGUUCUACUUGAUGAUAUAAUGCAAUUAGUUAAUCCUAAUUCAAUUUCAACCAAAGCUUUAGCUGAAAUACCACCAUUCCAGUCUCCAACUAUAAUUUGGAUUUUAAAGAACUUUUGCAUGCAUAUGUUUUUUCCUAAUACCCAUAAUUUGAAACUUGGAUUUGAAAUCACUAAAUUAUUCUUGAAACAUUUUGAUCAAUGGGUAUGGUGUACACCUGAGGAACUUCUAGCUUUUGAUAAAUCUCAUUACAUGUACAGUUAUGAAUAUUAUUAUCAGAGGUACCAAAAGAAUUGUCUUAUUCCCAAUUCUAUUCAAUCAAUAAUGAAAUCAAAAUAUACAAGCAGUAUGAUAUUUGGUCAAGAUGUUUUAAAAUAUACUCUAAAAGUAUUUAGAGUAUCUUUUACAAAGUGGUAUCAAAACGAAUCAAGAAAUUGUAGUUACGCUAAAAAAGCAUUUUACAUCUACUCUUUGCCAAAAUAUUUGAAUCUAUUAGAAUGUGAAGUGUAUGCUUUUGAUUCACCCAUAUGGGGCUUAAAUUAUACGAAUGACACUUUUCCUAAAUCAAUGUUAGAUAAUUUGAAUUCCAAAAUGGAUGAUAUGAUUCAAUUUGAAUUAAACGAAGCUAUAAUGAGUUCCAAAAUACGAGGAAAAAUGGAUCCAUUAUUUUUAGUAACUGGAGUGCCAGAUAAAAGAUAUCUUGGAUUGCAAAAUUAUGAUUUUCAAGCAAUUAACAAAAUUUUGGACGCUCUUAAGAUUAUAGAUGUUGGUCCCAACACUACUUUGAAGAGUUUCAUAAAAGAGGAGAGAAUUCAAAGCAAACCUGGUAUAGAAAUGAUAGUAAUUGAUGGCGAAACAAAUUGUACUAAAUCUAUAUUUUGCCGCAAAGUGUUAAAAAAUAUGUACCUAACUCAAUUGCCACGACUUCCAGAUGCAUGUAUUUCAAGAUUGGAAACAGAUAAAAAAAUAAAAAUACUAGCUAUGCUGGAAGACGGUGUUCCUAUUGGUGGUAUAUAUUUCUACACAUAUGACUCUCAAGGAUUCUCUGAAAUAAUAUUAUGUUUGUUCAAAGUCGAUUUACAUGUUUAUGGAUAUGAGGCUCAAAUAAUGACUUAUUUUAAGGACUUAAAUAUACAACAUAAUAUAUUAGAUUUACUGGUUUAUGCUGAUAGAGAAACAUUUGGAUAUUUUAAAAAUCAUAAUUUUAGUCCAUAUGUGAAACUCCUAAGGACAAAAUAUAAUAGUUAUAUAACACAUUAUGAAAAUUACAAGUUGAUGCAUUGCAUAUUAAAGAAGAAAUGAAUAAUAACUGAAAUUCUCUAAAUUAUAAUAUUAUAUAGGCGUCGGAAAAUGAAAUGGAUCUAAUGGAUAAAAUACAUAGCUGUAUUCGGAGAAUAGAAUUUUGAAUUUCAAAUUCUCUCUCACCUUAUACUCACCCAACAAAAAUAUAUUUGUGCUGAAUAUAGUCAUUAUAUUAUAAUAAUAUUAUGUAGAUUUAAUAGUAAUUAAUGGGUGUUAAAAAUAGUUUAUUAUCAAUUUAAAAAAAUAUUUUCGGUUUUCAAGUUCAAAACAGAUUAUAAGUACCUAAUGGCUAAUGUAUAAUAUAUAAACAACAUCUUUUUUUAAACUGUUUGAUCAAAAAUCAAAAGCUGAUACUACUGAUUACAUUUAUCAAAAUAUUUUUUUUUUUGUAGAACAGCUUAAAACAA